AUGGAGAUCAUACUCCGGGUCGGCUUUCCCACCACUCUCGUCCGCGCCGCUCUUGUCUGCAGGCGCUGGCUUCGCCGCGCCUCCGACCCCUCCUUCCUCCUCAGGUUCCGCAAUCUUCACCCGCCCGGCCUCCUUGGCUUUUACGUCCACACCAUGUCGAAUAAAUCAGAUCCGAACCCCCCAGUCUUCAUGCCAAAUCUGCUGCUGCCCCCAGAGCUUAGCACAGUCAUCCACCGUGCAAACUUCAGCUUUGACGCCUACAAGGGCAAGAAUAUCUACAUCACAGACUGCCGGCACGGAAACGUUUUCAUCCACUUGUAUGACGGCUGGACAUCCACAUACACAAAAGUAGUGCAUAAACCACUCUCCUCUAAUAGAGAAAUACCUAGCUUCCCACGAUUCCCACCUCACCAACUGCAGGAUGGCAAUACCUGCACUUGGAGUGACCUCAUUUCCAAAGGAGAAGGUGACAACUUGUCCUACUUGUAUGUGUGGAUUGAGUCUACCAGGGAUUCCACAAAAUCUACAAUGCACGUAUCUGUGUUACAAGACAAUGUCUGGUGCAUGCAUACCUCGAUCACAAGUACACACCACCCUUUUUUGCUAUGGGUACCAAGACCUGUGGUCGUCGACAAUAAAAUAUAUAUGGCCUCCAUGAACAACAUCCAUGCCUUGGAUUUGUCAGCCUCAAGUUUCUCCAUAGUUAAGCUCCCACACAUGGUGGCGAAGUAUGGCAUGAGAAACGCUGUGAUGUCACGGGCUAAUGAUGAUUCCGGUGUAUAUCUUAUCCAUGCUAAGGAGCUUCAACUUGGCAUAUGGUUCCACAAGAAGGACAAAUGGUUGCCAGUGGAUACCAUUUGUUUGCGUAAGAUGCUUGAUAAUUUGAGGAUAUCUCAUAAUGAGAAUGUCCAUCUAAACCAAGUGGGUAACAAUGCCGAGUUUGUGCUUUUGCAGGCGGGUCAAUCUAUACUCUACUUGGAUAUUAAGUGCAGGAAGUUGCGUAAAGUGUAUGAGCUUGGAAGAUAUGAUAUACUGCAUUCUAUCCAUCCUUUUAUGAUGAUAUGGCCUCCCACAUGCCCUGCGAUUGAGGAUGGUUCCGCAAGGUUUGCCUGUUGA